AUGACUGGAUCACACUGCACCAAGGAUAUUCAGAAGAAUAUCAACUGCUCCGCUCCUGCUGCUCAGCCCACCCGCUCUCCUGUCACCAGCUUGACUGAGCUCCAGCCCCUCAUGGCUCACCCCGACCUGCCACCUGAGAAUGAACACUCGCAGGAGGACAAGCCAAAGGAGCAAGUGCAGCCUGCAGGGCCGACCAGGCUGCAGAAGGCAAAGGCUCGAUUCCUCAAAGGAGUGUCGUACUUCUCUGGAGACAUGGAGGUGUUUGGAAAAUGGAUGGAAAGACAGUUCAUCUUGCUGCAGCUGCUGGAUUGGGUUUUGCGUGGAGCGGCCCAGGUGAUGUUUGUUAACAACCCUCUGAGUGGCCUCAUCAUAUUUGCUGGCCUCAUCCUGCAGAACUACUGGUGGGCCCUCAAUGGCUUUGUGGGAACACUCUUUGCAACCAUUUCUGCUCUCAUUCUGCAACAGAACAGGGGUGCAAUAGCUGCAGGACUGUACGGUUACAACGGCAUCCUGGUGGGUCUGCUGAUGGCCGUGUUCUCCAACGCUGGAGACUGGUACUGGUGGCUUCUGCUACCGAACAUCUUCAUGUCCAUGAUGUGCCCGAUUGUGUCCAGUGCCCUGGCAUCUAUUAACAGUCGCUGGGAUCUUCCAGUGUUCACUCUGCCCUUCAACAUCCUGGUGUGUCUCCACAUGGUCGCCACUGGCCACUACAACCACCACUUCCCCCAGGUCCUCAUUCAGCCACGAUCAGAGUUCCCCAACAUCACUUGGGCUGACAUCGACGUCGCUAAGUUGUUCAUGUCAGUGCCUGUGGGAAUAGGGCAGGUCUACGGCUGUGACAACCCCUGGACUGGAGGAAUCUUCAUCAUCUCGCUCUUCAUCUCAUCCCCCAUCACCUGUGCUCAUGCUGUCCUGGGAUCUGCUGUGGGCAUGGUUUCAGGCCUGGCUCUGGCAGCUCCUUUUGGAGACAUUUACUUUGGCCUCUGGGGAUACAACUGUGUGUUAGCCUGCAUCGCCAUCGGAGGAAUGUUUUAUGCUCUCACCUGGCAGGUGCACCUGCUUGCAGUCACAUGUGCUUUUUUCUGUGCAUACCUUGGCUCAGCCAUUGCCGGCAUAAUGUCUAACUUUGGGCUGCCUGCCUGCACCUGGCCUUUCUGCCUCUCCGCCCUCACUUUCCUCCUCCUAACCACGGGGACCAACAGGAUCUUCAAGCUGCCACUAGCCAAAGUCACCUAUCCAGAGAAAAACCUGAUUUUCUUCUGGAAGAUGAAGAAGCAGGAGAAAAAGGAGAAAGCCGAGACGGAGAGGAAAGAGAAGGAGGAGCAGCAGAGAGCCAUCGAAGAAGAAGUGAUGCUCAAUGAGAAAGAGCAACUUAGGCUAGAGCUUGAAAGAAUGGAGGAGGGGAAAAUAGAAAGUGGGGCAUCAGAAGACAAAAACGACAAGACACAAACCAACAAUCUGAGGCUUGAAGUAGACGAGCAGGUGUCUGAUGAAGAAAAAAACAGGCGUAAUGAUUUGACCGAGGUCACUGUUGUCGAUUGUGUUUAAUAUUUCAUAUCUACUGAGAAGGAUGAUGACAGAAGAUGCGCUAAUUUAACUGGAAUGUAUGAAGAAUCUAAAAUAAGAGCAGCUGUAAAUCUUAUUUCAGAGCGACUAUAUAUUAUAGGAUGAAUACUUAGGCUGAGACUCCUCUGUGAAUGUAGUUCAAGCUUUUCAGGAUGGUUUGCUGGUAUAUUGCACUAUGUUUU